AACAUGCUGCGGCCAACAUCGACCCAGCCAUGGUUACCAAGAUUGAACAUUCAUCCCCUCCUCAUCACUCGCCCUAUGCCGAAGGUGACCCUCUUGUAGACGGCUAUACAGGUAAAAAAAAAUUUAAGGCAGGCAGGCACCUCAGGCAAACCCAGCCAAAUUUAUUUAAAUUACCUUUCUCCCCGUAGACUACAGUUUUACUCAUGCUAUGACUGUUUCAAUGCCUGUUGCCUAUACACAACCUCCACCACCUUACCCAAUGCCGACUGCUCGAGUUUCCUAUCAUCCUUUCGUAUCGGAGAAAAUGGCGCAUCCCGGAAGUCCCGAGUCGUCGUCUACAUCUUCCACACCGCAUACACCACCUCUACGAGCUCAAGCGUCCAAUGAAAGUCUCAACCAAGCCGUUGGCUAUAGCUCCAACACAGCUGCUCGUGUCAAAGAAACCAUUGCUAAAGCUAGUGCUGUUCCAAUGGAACUAUACCACACUGAAUUUCUUACCUAUUCAAAGGAAGCUUAUGAACGUAAGAAUGACAACCGCAAAAUCAAGAGAAAGCGUGCUCAAUCCAAAGAGGAACCUAUGGCCACUGCAAAGAAAGGAAAGAAGAGGUCGACUCCCGAUGUUGACGAAGAUGAUGAGGACGAUGAAGAUGAACUUGACGAUAUGUCAAACGCAGAACUUCGUCGCCAAAUUCAUAUUCAAUCUGAGCAAAAACGUCGUGCACAAAUUAAAGAUGGUUUUGAAGAACUCAAGAAACAUUUGCCUGGUUGCCAGAACAAGAAAAUGUCCAAAGCUGCCAUGUUAACCCGAACUGUUCAACAAAUUCAACACCUGAAAAAGACGCAAAGCGAUCUGUUAGCAGAAGUCGAGCGUCUGGUUGCUGAAAACGAGAAUUUGAAGAAGUAAGUGAUCAUCGCUAUCGUUGGUCUGUAUGCCAUCCCCCCCAUUGACCCGUCCCUACUUUCUUGCUAGGUUCCAACAUGGUGUC